AUGAAGCACGCCAGGAACCCAGGGCAUGGCUCGCUGGUGCUUGUGCCGCCCGCAACUAUACUGCUGGCCUUGAUGGUUCUGGCUGCGGUGCCAGUUUCUGAGGCCAUGGCUACCUUCGACAUGACAGGCUUCAAUUUCCUUCCAAUUGACAAAAAAUACUGUUCACCAUGGGCCAACUGUGGAGUGUACGACAGCAACCAGUACACCUGCUUGGAUGGGGUGCUCUGCCCCUUGGGCUAUAGCCGCUGCGGGAGUGGGGACGACUACGCGUGCUACUUGGACGCUGCAGAUGCGCCUGGGGUCACCCCAGCAUACAGUUGCCACAAUAACGAAAUUGUGCAAACGCUGUUCGAUGGACCCUCUGAUGGCUCCCAAGUAACGAACUGCGUUGAUUACAGCAAGGCGGUUCUGGAUGCGGGCAAGUGGGACAAGGAUCGGCUGAAGCAGAUUGUAAGGGCGUUAAGAACAAAAAAUUGCACACCGUGGUCCAACUGUGGAUCCAAACUUGCCUACGACACUGAAGCCUAUGACUGCUUGAACGGCGUCCUCUGCCCCAAGUCAUACUCCAGGUGCGGCGUCUCCCCGAAGACAUUCAAGUGCUUCCAGAUGCAGGCGGACGAAGGCAACACCAACAAGGCCACCCAAAGCUGCGUCCAGAACGAGCUUGUUCCUGUUCCCGGAAUCGACGACGAUACUGCCUACACACGGUGCGAGGAAGAUUACGUUCCUUGCGACCCGUUCGACACCUGCGGCGACCAUGACGAGUCCCAGUUCUCGUGCUACGCCGACGUCCUUGGCAUGAAGGGCUUCUGCCGCUGCGGACAAGACGCUGUUGGCAUGUCCUAUGUGAAACCAAGGGGUGUCCAGAAGACCAACGUGUGCAUCCAGGGCAUGGUCCAGCCGGUGUCGCAGGCCAACCCCGAGAACGACGGCUCAGAAGUCUGCUUCUGCAAGAAGAGCACCGACCUCGAAUUCGCAAAGAAGAUCACUGUGGACAAGAAAUGUCCGCUCUGGACCAACUGCCCCGGGCUCUGGGAUCGGGAUUCGUACGACUGCCUGAAUGGCCAGAUAUGCCCGACUGGUUUCUCCCUCUGCGGCACCUCCUGCUACGAAAAGGGCGGGGUUUACUCUUGCCAUGCAGGGAAGCUGGUGACACCCGCCAAUGACGAUGACGACAGCCAGAUUGAUCGCUGCUACGUCGGCCCUACCUGCAACAAUGGCAAAACCCCAUGGGACAACUGCGGAAGCUCCUGGGAUAGGGACGCGUAUGAAUGCCUCAACGGCGCGCUUUGCCCCAGCGGCUGGCAGAAGUGCGGCGACGACAAAGCUUACGUAUGCUUCAACCCGGGCGGCAAGUCGCCCGCCUCGUGCAUCGACGGCAAGCUGGAAACCUCCGGUUGCAGGGGUCAAUCGGACGAAACUGUGAUUAAAAAGUGCGCGCCUUCAGGCACCACCAUCCAGCCCGCCGUUACAAAAAGCCAGCCCUCGUGCCCGGGGUCCGUUCUGUACACCAAUUGCGAAGACGGGACCAUCGACCUCUCCACUCACAGCUGCCUGGACGGCUUCGCGUGCCCCAUCGGCAUGGCGCGCUGCGGCAACAGCCACACCAACUACGCUUGCUACACCGUCGGAGGCACGCACAGCUGCAAGAACCACAAGCUGAAGUCGGGCGCAAACAAGGACGACGGGACCCAGGUCACCGCGUGCGAGCCCCCAGAGAACGACCUAUGCCACCCCUGGACCAAUUGCGCCAGUGACUUCGACCCCGACGUGCACAGCUGCCUGGACGGAGUCCUUUGCCCGCACGGCUUCUCCCGGUGCACCAACCCCGACAACGGAGUGUACGCCUGCUUCGACCCUAACGCCGACCCCGCCUAUGGCUGCAAGAACGGAAACGUGGUGCAGCUGAAGGACGAACAGCAGUCUGACUCCACCGAGAUCAAGUAUUGCGCCAACAACGAGCUGCAGCUCCUCAAGCUGAUAAUUCGGGAGGAUAUCAUCUUCAAGAUAACCUCCUCGUUCUGCGGCAACGCUGAGCCCUGGACCAACUGCGCCGGAGAGUACAGCACCGAUGAUUACUGGUGCCUCAACGGCCAGCUGUGUCCGGCGGGAGCCUGGCGGUGCGGCCCCCCGAGCUCCUUCAGCUGCUACGUGCCCGGGACCACGUACUCCUGCGUCAACAACGCGCUGCAGCUCGGCCCCAACCACGACGACGCGACCGCAGUCGGGCCGUGCCAGACAGCCGCCAUCGAGUAUUGUGCCCCUUGGACGAACUGCGGCGAUUAUGACAACACCCAAUUCACGUGCCUCGAUGGGAAGCUUUGCCCAAUUGGCGAUUCAAGGUGCCCAACCAACUUCGACGAAGGCUAUGUUUGUUACAACCCCACUGCCGACUUCUCGUGCGCCUAUGGUCCCCCCAUCACCGCAUGCUCCAAUGCGCAAGACACGAUGGCCGAAAACUUGCUGUGCAACGGAGACUUCGAAACGGUCCAAAGGAACAUCGUGGGCUCGGCGUUCAGCACCAUAUUUGCCACUGACUCCACAACACUCCCAUGCUGGGUGGUAACACCCAACGGUGUCAGCACGAACCCCGGUUCAGUCGACCUUAUCAACGGGUACUGGGUUUCCCACUCUGGCACUCGGUCCUUGGACAUGGCGGGUAAUUCGAACGGCGAGAUCAAACAGACUUUCGCCACAACCCCCGGCGCGUACUAUGACGUCACCUUCUACCUCGCCAAGAACCCAGAUCUGGGCCCCGAGGACAAAUUUAUCCACGUCCUGGCGCCCGGCAAGGACGUCCCGUUCACAUGCACGCUGAAGACCAAGGAUGGCAUCACCCGCACAAAGGACAACAUGCUUUUCGAGAAGCAGACCGUUACGUUCCUGGCAACCGCUGAGCAGUCGACGCUCACUUUCUCAGAGCAGGACGCCAACGAUGGCGGGUUCACGGGCUGCGCACUGGACCUUGUUUCAGUGGUGGUCAGCGACCAGAGCAAAGUCAAAGGCAUCCCUGCGAGACCAACCGUCACCACCCCGACCUGCACGAACAAUGAGUUGGCGUGGGACAACUGCCCCGGUGUCUGGGACACCACCGCCUACUGGUGCCUCAACGGAAACUUGUGCCCCGCUGGCAUGCAUUCGUGCGGCCUCUUGGGCUCGUACUCGUGCUACAACCCUAAAACGCAGUCAUGUGCUGCCAACGUUCUUGUCAACACGCCAGGCUUCGACGACCAGACUGCCGUUGGUUACUGCGCGCCAGCUACCCCCUGCGUUCCGUGGUCCAACUGCGGGCUUCCUGACGUCGACUACGACACCAAGGCCUACGUCUGCUUGAAUGGAAGGCUGUGCCCGGCGGGCCAGAUCGCGUGCGGCAGUGGCUACGAGUUUGCUUGCUACGACCCGAACGCUAAGCCGGCGCUGGUCUGCAUCCAGGGAUCCCUCAUUCCUUUCCAGAACGAUAUCUCCGACGGGUCUGAGAUCACCAUCUGCCAGAACAUCCCCGACAUUCCGGCCGGCUUCUCCUACCAGCGGAACGCCGACUACGACAGCGUAGCCCUCACCGCCGCGGGCGCCUCACAAACGUGCGGAAACAAGGGCGUGGCCGGGAGGACGGCGGACCAGUGCGCGGCGCUCUGCGCUUCCACCACUGGGUGCAUCAUGUUCCAGCUGACCGGCCAGGCGACUUCAGCAACUUCUGACGACUGCUGCUAUCUGAGGUCGGCAGCGACGGGAUACAGCUUCACCGCCGGCGUCGACACGUACUUCAUGCCCGUCUUACCCUAUCUCAAGAAGGACUUCGCCUUCAACGACAUCACCGCCGCGCCUUUCAACGAAGCGACGUGCUUCUCGGCCGGGAAGGUUCUCACCAACAAGCUUCAAUGCGAGGAGGCCUGCCUCGCGACCAAGAGCUGCGUCGGCUUCUCUUUCGGCAACAACGGCGUCCGCGCCGGUUGCUGCUGGCUGAAGAGCGCCGCAACGGGAGAGGCAGCUACAAAUAACGACGUGGACUUCUACAGGCUGUUCAGAGGCGCGGUCGUGCCGCCCGCCAACAUCGCCAACCUGCCCGUAGCUCAGAGGUGCACUCCCUGGACCAACUGCCCGUCUGAGAUGUUCCCAGCGUCCGCCGCGUGCUUGGACGGUCAGAUGUGCCCAGCAGGCUACGAGAAGUGCGGCGGGGCCAGCUUCGGUUCCAACAGCUACCACUGCUUUUUGCCCAGCUCCUUCAGCAUGAGCGGAGGCGCGGUCAAGGCCUUCUCCUGCAGGCAGAACACGCUGAUGAUGACGGCUGUCGCCAGCAGCGACGCCACGCCCGUCGACUUCUGCAGAUCGCAGGCAAGCCAGCAGUGCGUUCCGUGGACCAACUGCGAGCCUUUCGACGCAAAGGCGUACGCUUGCAUGGACGGGCUCGCCUGCCAGAUCGGACAGCUCAAAUGCCAGAAGGACUGCUACAACCCGACUCAGUUCGGUUGCUCGCCGACGGGCCUCACUCCUGACCUCAGCAAGAACAACCCGCUCAGCAGCGUCGGGCCCUGCCAGAGGGGACAGAUCAUCGUGCAAGCCCCAACAUCGCCGGUCUGCGCGCCAGGAACGACGCCGUGGACCAACUGCGCGCCUGCGAGCGGGAAUUACUGGUGUAUCAACGGACAGAACUGCCUGGCCGGUUUCAACCGGUGCGGCACGGCCUGCUACGACCCCAACGCGUACGGCUGCCAGAACGGAGAGCUGGUACAGCCGGACGAGUUCGGCAGCAUCGUUUCGGACGGCUCCCAGACCAUCCCGUGCGGAGAUCAGAAGGAGAUUUUGCUGCUGAAGCUCCUGGAGAAGCCUCCGUCCGUGGACGUAACGUGCACGGAUACCCUUUGGACCAACUGCGUGCAGCAGUACGAUGCGAAGACCUAUUGGUGCCUCAACGGCCAGAUCUGCCCCCGUGGUCUCUACCUUUGCGGAACUUCCUGCUACGACCCUACCAAGUAUGGCUGCAAGAAGGGCGUACUUUCCGGCAUGGGCGACACAACCAGCGACGGAACCGAAGUGGUGCCGUGCCUUUCUGCGACCACCCAGCUGAAGAUCACAAUCAGGAAGCAAGGCGGAGACUCCUUCUCGGCUGCAGACCACCAGGCCAUCGUGACCGCGCUCUCCAACCAUGCGGGCGCGGGCGACAAGACCGCGGUCUCCGUCGCGCUCCUGACGCUCGAGAUCGGCGGCACCAUGGACAUCGCCAAGGUGGGCGUUCCGCUGUCCGUCUGGGAGGACCGCUGCCUGGCGCUCCUGCGGGCGGAACUCAAGGCAAUCGCGGACAGCGUCGGGGCGGACUUCAGCAUCGACCCGAUCGGUCUCGCCGCGCUCGCGCCGGCCGGUUCCCCGGCCCGCCGCCGCGCGCUCCUCCAGGCCGUGACCAAUAGCACCGGGUCCAGCCUGACCAUCCAGUUCAGCAUCCAGAGCAGCAACCAGACGGAGGCCGGGCCCCUGGCCAUGCAACUCCAGGGCGCCCUGUCGCCCGGCGGUGUCUUCGUCAACGCACUGGCCGCCGGCGGCAUCAGCAUCACGAACGUAACCGUGGCUCCCAACGUCACCGGAGCCAACGUCAUGGCGACUGUGACCCUUCCCGUCAAGAGCACCGACGAAGCCAAAGCUCUGGUGGCCACCCUCACGCAGCUGGCCGCCUCUGGAGCCUUGGACAGUGAGCUAAAGACACUGGGGCUCAGCGGCACCAUCGGCACCAACGCGCAAUUCUCCAUUCUGAGCCUGACCCCCGGAACGGGCUCUAACAUCACUACCGCUCCUGGUCCGGCCCCGGUCCCUGCGCCCGCGCUCGCGCCCGCACCCGCGCCCACCACGACCGACAAGAAGAGCGCCGCGGCCGGCCUCCGCGUCGACGUGGCCAGCGUCGCUAGCGCUGCUGUUGCGAUCGCGCUCGUUGGCGCCGUUGUGGGUUUGUUCUAG